AAGGAUGAGUCAAGAAAUAAACAAUCCUACUGAUCUGAAGAGCCAAUCAAACAGUCACCAGGAUGGAUUUGAGAUCUUCUUUGUGGAACAGCCUCCGAAAGAGCUACCACUGAAAUGCUAUAUUUGCCUGGAACUACUCACUGACCCCUGUAUCCUUGACUGUGACUGUGGGAGCAACUUCUGUAAAGUGUGUAUUGAAAAGGUCAAGAAGAACCACUAUCCUUGUCCCCUAUGCCAGCAACAAUUUACGACCAUUUUCCCCAACAAGCAGCUACAGCGCACCCUCAAUGGACUAAUGACCCACUGUUCCCACAGGGCGGAUGGCUGCUCCUGGAUGGACGAACUUGGCAAGCUCAAGCAGCACCUCAAUCGAAUGCCAACCAACGAGACAAGACUAGAAGGUUGUGGGCACACUGAUAUAUUGUGUCAGUACUGCAAGAAGUUCAUUCCUCGUAAAGACCUGGAACUUCAUAUGGAGAAAAAAUGUUUACUGGCCCCUGUUCUGUGCGAGUUCCGGUACGCUGGCUGUGAGGUAGAACUAACCCGGCAAGAUAUGGCCAAUUAUCUGAGAGAUAGCAUAAUGGAUCACAUGACCUUCAUGUCCCUCAAACACAGGGAGGAAGUUAGUGCAUUAAAGAAAGAGAACCAACUUGUAAAACAAGAAUGUGCUGAUGUAAAGGGAGAAAACAAACGUUUGCAGUCCCAAUUGGAUGUUGUAAUAGUGAAACUCAAGACUCGACAUCUAGAAUGAAAAAAUUUGAGAUGCAAUUGGAUCACCAAGCUAGCGCUGUUGUCCCCCCUGUACAACCGUCGCCUCGGGCACCCCUAGUUGUUCCCCCUGUGCAACCACCUUCUUCUAAAGUACCUCCAGUGAGACUUGUGGUUACUAACGUAAAAGAACUCAGACAGCAGAGAGAUAACUGGACUUCUAAACCAUUUUUCUCGAGAGGUGGCUAUAAGAUGGUAUUGAAUGUUUACCCGUAUGGUAAUCAAGGUGGCUAUGGCACUCAUCUUUCUCUGUACAUCUAUAUCGUCAAAGGAGAGUACGACCAGCAACUGAAGUGGCCUUUCCUUGGGGAAGUAACAGUCACACUAGUGGACCAGAGACUGGGAAAACACACAACGGAUACCCUACGCUACACUCGUGCUAACAGUAAAGAGGGUGCACGAAGGUUUAACAACACUCUUACUGGUGCAUUGGGAUGGAGCAAGUUCAUUGAGUUGAAGUACCUCAAUCCAAACUAUUUGAAAGACGACUGCUUUGUGUUCCGUAUAAACGAUAUCAAAUAUAUGUUCAUCAAAUGAUUUUACCUGUCCAUUUAUAUAUUGCGUUGUGUUUGGUCAUACUUAAAAUUUUAAUAU